AUGACAGUGGCAGCGCCCCAGCAACCUGCUCCCAACCAAUUCCAUGAAUUUAUCUCGGCGUGCGAGAACGAUCCGAAACAAAUCCAAGAUACAUAUGAGAAACAUCGGACCACCCGUAAUUCAAGUUUCAGGGGAAAAAUCCUGAGCCCUGGUUUCCGCGAAUGGCAGUUUGACGAGAUCUUGGAGAAAAUCCUGAAGGCAGACAAGGGUUUGAUCCAAUAUGAAGAUCCAAGGAACAAUGCAUCUUUGUUGGCACGCCCACCGAACCAUAUCUGCGAGCUUAUCAAGGAUAUCCAAGAAGAAAUCGUGUCUGCAGCUGGCCCAUGUCUUUGGCUGGCACCUCGAGAUUAUCUCCAUAUGACAACAUCUGAGCUCAUAUGUGCCAAGACACGGGCUGAAGUGGAUGAGGUGAUGGAAAUCUUCCAACAGAAGCUUCCACUGGAAGAUAUCGUGAGCUAUACGCUCACCCACAGCCCCAAGCUCAUUCGGCCAAUCAUUAGUUACGAUACUACGGCCAUCGCAUUGAGCUUUCUUCCAGCUGCCGAGACAGAAGACUGGUAUACUUACCACCACCUGCGACGGGAUCUUUGGGAUAUUAUGUCUGAGUCUGGGUGUCAAUUUGGAGCUAGAUACAAUGUUCCCUCCGCCCAUGUGACCAUUGCACGGUUUGCUAUGCCUCCGGAUGCAGAUCGAACAAAAGAAUUAGAUGAUCUAUGUAAGAGGGCAAGUGUACUGGUAGAGAAAAUUGAGGAUAUCAACCAGGAAUUACAAUCCGGUGAUUGGAAACGAUUUGGACAUCCGUCGAGGGGAACGUGGGUAGUGGGAGAGGAAAAAGGGAUGCAGUUAAACCAAGGCCGGUCAUGGUAUGGGAAAGGGGAAGCGAUGUUGACUGGCAGAGGCUUUUGA